GGACGGCCAAGGUUAGAUGUUUUGGAGACAAAGUUAGAUACUUGUCAAAUAAAGAUGAUUCUGAUUCUGAUGCUCUUGAGUGUUGAAGUUUAAGAUUUGACGAGACAUGAAUACGAUGCUUGCACUGACCUGUGAAACCUUCACUCACUCGCUGCUUCUUCAGAAAUGGGACCCAGUGCUGAAGCUGCUGGCAGAGAGCUACGCCACCAAGUGCAUCUGGAACCACAACCCGGACCUGGAGGACACUGGAGAGAACCUAUAUGCUGGCACUGGGCCCGUAGACCUGCGGGCAGCGCUGGAGAAGUGGUUCCUGGAACAUCUCUACUAUGACUUCCGUAACAACAGUUGUGAUGAUGACAAGAUGUGUGGACACUACACACAGAUGGUGUGGUCAGAUACACACAGGGUGGGCUGUGCCGUCCACCUGUGUAACAACAUGGAGGGUCUGGAGUGGGAGAGGAUCUCUUUCCUGGUCUGCAACUACUACCCAGCGGGGAACUACGAAGACGAGCGUCCUUACGUGGAAGGAGAUUCGUGCUCCCAAUGUCCGGAAAAACUACAAACAUGUGAAAACAACCUCUGUGUUCCCGACAUGGAUGACAUGGAUGGCGAAGAAGAGGAGGAGGAGGAGGGUAUGCUUCUUCUUCCUGCCGCAACAACAGAGUUAUUCCACCAGGCAGACGUCACCACCAGAAUCAGCAGAACUAGCAAAACCACCCUUCCGCCACCGACUCCCAGUCUUCUACCUCCUCUCGUGACAUCCAAAUCCAACUUCCUCUCGGGUGAAGAAGAGGAGGAGGAGGGUGUGCCUGUUCUUCCUCUCACAACAACAGAGUCAUACCACAAAGCGGACAUCACCAGCAGCACUAGCAGAACCAUUCCACCCCCACAGACCCCCACUACAGUCCAGAGGAAGUCAGCCAUGAGGAAGGAGGUGGAUUCAAAGGCAGGACAACAAGAAACAAGAAUGGAGGGCCUACCAAUCUUCACAAUAGCUCAGAAAGACAUUCCAAUCAUGACGAGUGCCACCUCCUCACCUUCCCCACCGUCACUCAUGCUUGUUCUUUUUCUCGCCUUUAGCCUCAUCAUCUUCAUCAUGGUGCCAUUGUGAGGGAGAGGAUGACACACACACACACACACACACACAACACAUCUCUUAUCAGUUUGUCCAAAAUACUAUGAGAAAUCAGGGGAAAUUUUGUGAUGAUAUGAUGACAAGUGUAUACAUACAACUAUUAGAAAUGUAUUUCUCUAGUAAUUAUAAUUUCAAGCUGCACCGUAGUGUAGUGGUCAGCAUCUUUACAUCAGUUGAGAGUUUGAAUCUUGGCUCAGGCCCUCCUAUGUAGAGUUUGCAUGUUGCAUGAGACGGCUAGGAAGCUAAUGAGCAUGGCAUGGAUGCAAACUAGCAUGAAGAGACAACAGGGCGAGGGUGACAAGGUGAAAAAAAAAAAGUUAGCGACCAGUGACAUAAAUGUAAAUCCUUCACAGUGUCCCUUUAAUGGGAAGUGGACUGACAAACUAGGAGCUUCCAGCAAGAAAUAAAAAACUAAAAACAGGAA